AUGAAGUUCUCAAUGAAUUCUUCUUGGAAACCGAGGGCAAACUCAAAGUACCAGCAGUGGACUCACUUCAUCUCGAUGCAAUUACGGGGCCCACUGGAGAACGGGGUUACAGCGUCGAGCUUGUCAUUCUUGAAACGCUCGUCUCGCAGCCAGCGCUCAGGGUGCCCGAUCAGUUCGUACGUUACUAGGAAUGAAAUUGCCCAAAAUAGUAAUACCGUCAGGGGCGGCUACAACAAGGAGUUCGGCGUUUGA